AUCAUUUUAUCAAUGCGACUGCCGCACUCAGCUGCCCGAGUAUUUCGGGUUAGUGUGGCCCUAUCACAGCUGUAAUUCUCACUAGCAUCAAUGACUACCGACAAGCCAAAAUAGAGGCAGGCUGUCUUUUGUAACGUGUCACGCUACUAUCUGGGCGGUUUGCAACAUCAAUUAUCAGAAAUACUGAGGGCCUAUGAUGCAUGAUGCUGGUGCUAUUGCGGCUACUACAUCAUGCUGUAUUGCUCUGCAUCUGUCUCCUAUCUACGGUUCUUUCCCCACUAUCAUGGCGACUUCUGCUUCAUUUCACGGCGUUGUUGGUCUUCGAAAUGGAAGCAAGUAUCAGAUUGACGAAUAGGAAUUUUGGCGAUACGACGGAUUCAUCACUACUGCAGGUAAGGAGCGGUCUGUUCACCUCGGAAAUCGGAGAUAUUCGUGUAGAUGUGUUCACAUUUGGUACCAGCACCAGGGGAUUUCGGACGACUAUCGGUCCUAUCAUUGACGGUAGAAAGGGAUUAGUCAGAAACCGCGCGAUUGCUCUGCAUCGUUGGUUCGUAGAAGUUCAACCACAUUUGAAAGUCACUAUAUCCCCCGCAUCAGGCUUGACGCUAGCACGAACCGUGCUCGACCUCCGAACGGAUUUCUUUACUCGCCGUCAAUUCCGCACAGUGUUGCUAAGGGUGAAAACUCGAUGUGUCUAUCUGCGGAGACGAACGAAGGACAAGAUUGUGCUAAUACUGUGUCUCCUGAGUUGCUACUGUAAACACAAUAGCCGACCGAAGGGGAGUCCUUGUAAUCGCAUUUCAUCUAUAUCCUCGUCUUUCGUCAGGAGGCCUCUAGUACCAGUAGUGCGCUCCUCACACCACUGACCACUCAGUCCUGUGCAAUGAACGCACUCUGAAGUAUACGGGUUUGAUAUUAUCAGGAAUACCAAUAGUCUGCUAUUGUCGUGGUUGUUCUGUAGGCUACAACUUGUUUUGGGGUGCCAAUAGGGUGCUGUGGGAUGCUUGGCACGACGCCCCUAUUUCCUUAUUAUAUUACCUCAAC